CCUGGAAGCCUGGCUGCAGGCUACAUCAGCUUCACUGCUGACCCCUGUAAUUGGUAGUGGGGUGAUGGGCCUACCUGGCUGCCAUCCCUCACGUCUUCUCCAGUGGCUUCCAGCCUGUCUCACCUGCAAAGGGAGAACAAGAGCUUUCCCUUAAUGCCUGCCCGUUCUGACUCCAGGCUGGUCCUGCUCCAGGCAAUCAAGGUCAGAACCUCCAUGCAUUAAACCUAACCCAGGUGGGCAGGAUUCCUACUGCCUGGGGGAAAAGGCUGAGGAAUUAGAGGACCCAGAGCAAUUAAAGUGCGUUCCUAUCAGUAACUGUAAAUCCCGCCCCAUCCUAGUUUUUGCAGCUAAGAUGGGCUGGGCUCUGGCUCAUCUGGCUCCUCCCCUUGUUUCAGUUUCAUUUCUGAUCAUUGAGCUGCCAACCCGGGCUUUCCAGAACUUGAGAAGGCUCUGGCAGAGAUCAGGCUGGUCAGCUACUCUCCCCAACCCUACCCACAGCAGGUUCCAGGUGGGUCUCUAUGGUGCGCUGCCCCACCUCCAUGAAAAGCUUGGAGUUCUAGGCAAAGGGCAGCUUCUGCAGCUGAUUGGGCUGCCCAGGAGGGGGGAGGGGAUAGAAGGCAGGGGUUCUGAUCCCUCUGCCAUUCCAGAAUGGAUCUGCGGCCCUACCAGUGGGAAGUGAUCUUGCCUGCUCUGGAGGGCAAGAAUAUAAUUAUAUGGUUGCCCACGGGCUCUGGGAAGACCCGGGCAGCUGCCUUUGUGGCCAAGAGGCAUCUAGAGACGGUAGACGGUGGCAAGGUGGUGGUACUGGUCAACAGGGUGCACCUGGUGAACCAGCAUGCUGAGGAGUUCAGGCGCAUGUUGGAUAAUCGCUGGACCAUGACAACCCUGAGUGGGGACAUGGGACCACGACCUGGCUUUGGCCUGAUGGCCCGGAGCCAUGACCUGCUCAUCUGCACAGCAGAGCUGCUGCAGCUGGCACUCAUCAACCCAGAAGAGGAGGAACACGUGGAGCUCACAGAGUUCUCGCUGAUUGUGGUGGAUGAGUGUCACCACACCCACAAGGACACCGUCUACAACAUCAUCCUGAGCCGGUACCUAGAGCAUAAGCUGCAGAAGGCAAAGCGACUUCCCCAGGUGCUGGGUCUCACCGCCUCCCCAGGCACUGGCGGGGCCACCAAGCUCCCAAGGGCCAUUGACCACAUCCUACAGCUCUGUGCCAACUUGGAUGUGUGGCGCAUCAUGUCACCAGAGAAUUGCCGCUCUCAGCUGCUCAAGCACAACCCAAAGCCCUGCAAACAGUAUGACCUCUGCCAAAGGCGCAAAGAGGACCCUUUUGGAGACUUGCUAAAAAAGCUUAUGAGCCAAAUCCACCAACAACUAAAGAUGCCUGAACUGAGCCAGCAGUUUGGAACCCAGACAUACGAGCAGCAAGUGGUGAAGUUGAGCAAGGAUGCGGCACAGGCUGGGCUCCAGCAGCGACGGGUGUAUGCGCUGCACCUGAGGCGCUACAACGAGGCGCUGUUGAUCCACGACACUGUCCGUGCUCGGGACGCUCUCGACAUGUUGCAAGACUUCUACCAUGGAGAGCGCACCACGAAAACCCAGAUGCUGCGUGCUGAGUGCUGGCUGCUGGAACUGUUUGAUGGCCAUAAGAAUGAGCUGGCCCAAUUAGCAGCUCAGGGACCUGAGAAUCCGAAGUUGGAGAUGCUGGAAGGGAUCCUGCUGAAGCAAUUUGGGAGUCCCAACCACCCUCGGGGCAUCAUCUUCACCCGAACCCGCCAGAGUGCCCACUCCCUCCUGCUCUGGCUUUGGCAGCAGCCUGGCCUUCAGAAUAUGAAUAUCAAGGCCCAGAUGCUGAUUGGAGCAGGGAAUACCAGCCAGAGCACACACAUGACCCAGAAAGACCAGCAAGAAGUGAUCCACCAGUUCAGGAAUGGUAUCCUGAACCUUCUGGUGGCCACAAGUGUGGCAGAGGAGGGGCUGGAUAUCGCCAAGUGCAGUGUGGUGGUGCGCUAUGGGCUCCUGACCAAUGAGAUCUCCAUGGUCCAGGCCCGGGGCCGCGCUCGAGCUGGGCAGAGUGUGUACUCCUUUGUGGCAACAGAGGACAGUCGGGAGCUGCGGCGGGAGCUGACCAAUGAGGCUCUGGAGGUGCUGAUGGAGCAGGCAGUGACUGCAGUACAGAAGAUGGACCCCAAAGAGUUCAAGGCCAAGAUCCAGGAGCUGCAGCUGGAAGCUCUGGCCAAGCGAGCGGCGCGCACAGCCCAGCGGGAGCGCCAGCAGAGGCAGUUCCCACCGGAGCGCGUGCAGCUCCUCUGCAUCAACUGCAUGGUGGCUGUGGGCUACGGGAGUGACCUGCGGAAGGUGGAGGGCACCCACCACGUCAAUGUGAACCCCAACUUCUCGGUCUACUAUACCAUCUCCCAGAAGCCUGUGGUCAUUAACAAGGUCUUCAAGGACUGGAGGCCAGGGGGGACCAUUAACUGCAGUAACUGUGGGGAGGUCUGGGGCUUACAGAUGAUCUACAAAUCAGUGACCUUGCCAGUGCUCAAAAUCCGAAGCAUGCUCCUGGAGACCCCUCACGGGAAGAUCCAGGCCAAAAAGUGGUCCCGGGUCCCCUUCUCAGUACCUGACUUCGACAUCCUGCGGGACUGCACCCAGAGCCUGGCUGAUCUCUCGCUGGACUGACCCCUUGUGGCUGUAAUACCUAACUCAGGCUGCAGGGGGCAGGGUAGUUCAACAGGCCAUUCUCCUCCCCCUGGGAAGUACUGUAGUCAUGGGGAAUGGAGUACCCUUUAUUCUGCCCCAGAUAUUCUUAUAUACAUUGGAUGGAGUUGGGAAACUGAUGCAGAAGAAUUGAUGUGCCAUGUGGUACUAGGAAUCACAACAUACCUACCUUGCCAAGGCAA